AUGAAGAGAAUUGAAGCAGUUAACAAUCAAAUCAAAGAAAGAGAAAGCAAAAACAAGAAUUAUCAAGAAUAGAGACCUCUUGUUAAGUCUGAUUGGUUUAAGAAUCAAGGUUGGGGUUAUAAGGAUACUGAUUUCGUAUUAGGAGCUGAUGGAGUUGUUUACUUAUCUGGUAGCAGAUAUCAAUUUUCAGGUGAAAAAAUGCCCAAGUUCAAAGAAUGGGCUGAGAAUGUUAUUGGCAUAGAUCUUAACAAGCAAACCCCAGCACAAAACGAAGUUCCCAUUGAUCCUGCUAUUAUCAAUGAAGCUUUUAUUGAAGCUAUCAGAGGAAAAGUUAAUGAAGCUACUAACGAUAAGACUUAAAGAAUCCACCACUCUCAUGGUCAUACUUUAUAAGAAAUAUUUGCCUUACGUCACGGCAAGCUUGAUCGUUACAUUGAUCUCGUUGUUUAUAUUUCAAGCCACGAACAAGCUGAAACUUUAGUAAAAGCUGCUAAUGAACACAACGUAGUUUUGAUUCCUUAUGGUGGUGGUACUAAUGUUACCUAAGCUCUUCUUCCUUUGAAGUCUGAAACAAGAAUGAUUGUUUCAGUAGAUAUGAGCAGAAUGAACCACAUUAGAUGGGUUGAUAAGAAAAAUUUCACAGCUUGCGUUGAAGCCGGUAUUAUGGGAUAAGAUCUCGAAAGAGAACUCUAAAGAUAUGGAGUUUGCUGCGGUCACGAACCUGAUUCUCAUGAAUUCUCUACUUUAGGUGGUUGGAUUUCUACAAGAGCUUCUGGUAUGAAGAAAAAUAAAUAUGGUAACAUCGAUGAUAUUAUUCUUAAUGUUAAGAUUGUUACUCCUGCUGGUACUUUUACCAAGAGCUAAAAUGUUCCUAGAAUGAGCAGUGGACCUAACUUGAACGAAUUUGUUCUCGGUUCUGAAGGUACUUUCGGUAUUAUCACUGAAGCUGUCAUUAAAGUUAAACCUGUUCCUAAAAAUGUAAUUUAUGAUUCUAUUAUUUUCCACGAUUUCGAAAGUGGUACUGAAUUUAUGUACGAAGUAGCUAUAUCUAAGCAAUGGCCUGCUUCUUGCAGAUUAGUCGACAACGAAUAAUUCAAAUUCGGUAUGGCUCUUAAGACAGAAGCUAAGAGCAAAACAUAAGAGUUAGUUGAUAAGGCUAAAAAGUACUUUGUUACUGAAGUUCUUAAAUUCGAACCAGAAAGAAUGUGUCUUUGCACUAUCGUUUAUGAAGGUACUGAUGCUGAAGUCACCACUCAAUAAAAAGUAGUUGGAGCUCUUUACAAGAAGUAUAAGGGAUUCAGAGCAGGUGCUGAAAAUGGUUAAAGAGGUUAUUUCUUGACUUACGUUAUUGCUUAUUUGAGAGAUUUCGCUUUCUAAUACGGCUUCAUUGCUGAAUCAUUUGAAACUUCUGUUUAAUGGAAGAAUGUUUCUCUUCUUUGCAAGAAUGUUGGAAAGAGAAUUGUUGAUGAAUGCAAAAACCAAGGCGUAGUUAGAGAACCUUUCGUUUCUAUGAGAGUAACCCAAGUUUAUGACACAGGUGCUGCUGUUUAUAUCUACUUUGGUUUCCUUUACCACGGUUUGAAGGACCCUGUUCAAUCUUACACUGAUAUUGAAAAUGCUGCCAGAGAUGAAAUCAUGAGAUGCGGUGGUUGCAUUUCCCAUCAUCAUGGUGUUGGUAAACUCAGAAAAUAAUUUAUGAGAGAUUCAGUCGGUGAUAUGGGUAUUAAAAUGAUCAAGGCUGUUAAAGACUAAUUGGAUCCUAAGAACGUUUUUGCUAAUGGCAACUUAGUUUGA